AUGACCAGCACAGAGACAUCUUUAGGUCCACAGCUAAGAAACGAUUGCUACGUUCCUAUGGCAUAUAACAUCUACACCAUGCUGAACACUCAGUUCAAUAUCCCUCAGCAUUCCUCCGAGUCAGCACCUGUGCCGAUAUACACUGAAGAUCAGGAGCAGAUUGAUGCAGUCCACUCUCACUUGACUUCAAUUCUGGACAGCACACCCACAGUGACCAGAUCAAAUUCAUCAUGGAUCUACUUUUUCCAGAGGCAGGCCUCAUGUGAGGAAGGAGGAGGAGUAGGAAAAGGAGGAGAGGAAGGAGGAGAGGAGGAGGAGAAGGAGAGGAACGAGGCAGAGAGAGUGAAGGAGAAAAGAAAGAGAAAGAAGUGGUGGCGGAGGCUGCGCUCUUUCUUCAGAGCUGCCAAAAAACACCCAGAGAGCAGCUCAGGUCAGAGAGAGCAGGAGCAGCAGCAGGAUGAGGGACAGAAGAGGAAGGUGGCAUGGGCAGGAAGAACUAGUGAUGACUACAUCUUCAGUCGCUACACCGUUGGUGAUCAGCUGGGGAAAGGUGGUUUUGGUGUGGUGUACGAAGGCAGACGUUUGGAUGAUGAUCUUAAAGUGGCUUUGAAGUAUGUAAUGAAGACCCAGCACACGGAAUGUAUAUUCAUUCCUGAUCAUCCAAAACCUCUUCCAAAAGAGAUCGCCCUCACCAUCCUGGCAAACAAAGGUCCCAGAGUGCCAGAAAUUAUCAGGCUGCUGGACUGGACAGACCACCCUGACCACUUCGUCAUGGUCCUCGAAUGUCCCUCUCCCUGUGAGAAUCUUGUGGAGUUCAUCAGGCAUCACGGUGGAAGCCUCGACGAGGAGAAAACACGGCAGAUCAUGUGGCAGGCGGCUCGCGCUGCAAACAUGUGCCACCUCCGUGGAGUGUUCCACCGUGACAUCAAACUUGGCAACCUUUUGAUAAACAGGGAGACAUCCGAAGUCAAGCUGAUUGACUUCGGAUGUGGGGACAUUUUGAGGAGGACACCAUACAGGUCAUACUCUGGCACAGCACUUUACUCCCCUCCAGAGUACCACAGCAGGGGGAAGUACUACGGCGGGCCGGCUACGGUCUGGUCACUAGGGACUGUGAUGUUUACAUUGUUGUGUGGACACUUCCCUAGUGACUAUGACCUGUUCCUGCUGCAGUGCAAGCGCUGGUCCAUACCCGGCCUGUCAAAAGAAUGCUGUGACCUCCUCAGGGCUCUCCUGCACGAGAAGCCAAGCCAGAGACUUGGUCUGGGGCGAAUCAUGUCCCACAAUUGGUUUAAGACCAUCUCAGUCCCAGAGAUACCCGUCUCAGCAACCCUGGUCUCCGAGCUCCACAGUGUGUCUGUCCAGACCCAGGGUUUCUUGUCAAAAGCUGCACAAGACAUUAAAAAGCCAUUAUAGCAGCCACGGGGGGUGCUGACAUUGGUACCUGGUCUACAAGCUCCAUAUCAGAA